CAGACCAGACCUGCCUGGUGAACUGAGUUCAAUUUCAACCCUGGUGAUUCCACUGCAGACGAAGCUGGCAGAGUAGAGCCUUCAUUUCCUCUCUAUGGCGGCCCACCAAACCCUGGCCUCAAAGAUCUUCAGUUUAUGCUGCUGGGACUGUGAGGAACCUGUCAUUGAAAGCACUAAGGUUCCAAACCAAGAGAUCCAGCCACCAAACUUCAAUUUGCUGAAGACUGAGAAGAAUGAGCUAUGCAAACAAAACCUCAAGGGAACUAAGGCACAGUCCUUUGCUGGCCAAGAAAAGAACUUCACCUCCGCCAGCAAUGAUUAUGAAGAGCUGACUGCAUACAAUAUACAAAAAGGAUACCCUAAAAAAAAUCUAAACCGCUACUACCAGGAACACUGGGCCUUCCAACCGUGCAUCAUCGGGAGACCCUGAGGGUUCUAGUGGCACCACACGGGCUCUGAGCUGUGCAGCUGCUGGAGGGUCUCCAUGAGGAUGAAGAAGGCAGUGGACAGGAGUCAUGAAGACUGAUUCAGAAACUCCACCGCAAGGAGGGAAGAGGUCUGAGCCAUCCCUGUGCCACCAGCAUGAGUCACCCCAGCUUCUGACAGCCAGGGAGGGGGGCUGCCUGCAAUUAAAGUCCUUGUUUGCAUCAGA